AUGACAACAAUAAUGAAUCUAUUCGGUUCAAUAAUACCAAAUUUAAAUACAACAUUUCUAAUUGAUACAAGUGGUUCAAUGUAUUCAUGUUUAUCCACUGUUCGUGAACAUCUUUCAGCAUAUUUACGUGUUCAUGCUGUUGAUGUACCAAAUCCACAUCAAACAAUACUAUUUAAUUUAAUAGAAUUCAAUUCUGAUGUACGUCGAUGGGCUGAUCGAUGUGUUUUUUGGUCACAUGCAUCAGUAGUUGUUGCUGAUGAUUGGCUUCGUUCUUUAGUACCUAAAACCGGUACAAAUACUUUAGGCGGAUUACUAACCGCUUUUGCUGAUUCAUUAUGUCAACAAGUUGUACUUAUUACUGAUGGUAUACCUGAUCAAGAACCCAAAGUUAUUUUACAUUUUCUUCAACAAAAACAACAAGAAAAACGUCCAUGUCAUAUAUUUUAUAUCAAUACACCAUUAAAUACUGAACAUGAACAAGAAACUGUUGUUAAAUUUCUACAAGAUUUAGCUGCGUUAACAUAUGGUUCAUUAACAAUAGCACAUUUUUCACGUACAGGCACAUUAGAAAGUCUUGCUCCUAUGAUUAAUUAUCAAAUAGAAAAUACAACUAAACCAGUAUUACUUGCUGAUGCAUCAUUACCAGUAACAAUUGGAGGACCACCAAUGGAAACAACUGUUUCAUCUGAAGUUGGUGCACUUUUAAUUGGACAAGAAUGUUUAGCAAGAAAAGAUAAAGAUGGUUAUUAUUAUCGUGGUAAAAUUCUUAAUCAGUUUAUGGUUGAAUUUGGACCACGAGUUAGUGGUGCCUUCAGUGAAUCAGAUUUUCAAGCAACAUAUUUAUUUGAUAUUAUACAUUAUACUGAUGCAUUAAUGCAUAAAAUUCAAACAGGAGAUUUUGUUCUCGCACCUGAUGGACAACAAGGUCGAUUUGUACCUGGAGAAGUGCUUGAUGGUUUUGAAAAACGUGCUUCAUGUGAAAGUGGAGAAAUUCGUCUAUUAGUUAUUCAUUUUGCUAAUGGAAAAACUGUAAAACUCAAACGAUUACAAGAAGCCAUUUGGAUUCCACCUGCUUUAUAUGAACGUAUUAAAUUUGAAUUAGCAAUUCCACCAAGUGCACGACAAUUUCUUCAAACACACUCGGUUGCCUAUCCAACAGUACUUUUGCCCGGUUAUCCAAUGCCUGCACCUAUGCCAACAGCUUCGGAUAAUUGGCCAUUUUUUAUUUCAAAUCAACAACAACAACAGCAAACAAUAUCACCUGUUGUACUUGCUCCUCAACAAAAAGCACCAGCAACGGUUAAUAGUUAUGAAGUUAAUAAUCUUAUUAUGUCUUCACAACAAAAACCACAAAGUUUAAUGACAAGUGAUGAACUUAAUCGAAAAGUUGAUCAACAAAUUCAACAACAUUGGUUUCUACUUGGCGAACGACAACCUUCUGCACCUACAAUUUCAUCACCUUCUACUUCAUUAACUACAAUACAACCAACUCAUUCUCAUCCUCAUCACCAUCAUCAUCCUCCUGAUCAUCAUCAUCAUCAUCAUCUUUCACAUUCAGCUAAUUCUUCACCAAAUCCAUCCGAAAUAAGAAAGAAAAAUGUAUGUUUUACUGAUACAUCCCCUAUUCGACGAUAUUCUGUUGAUGAUCUUGAUAUGACUCGAGAAUCAAUUCCAUUGAAAUCUUGUCUUAAGUCAUCAAUAACAGAUGAAAAACAAACAUCAAAUAAUAUCAUUCAUAAUGUUCAAACACAAACAAUAUCAACAAAUUCAAAGCUAAGACCUAAUAGUGCUGUUAUAUCAAAUGAUGUUUAUCGACCAUCAUCCGAACCUGUUUCAGUUGAACAUUGGCAUACAAGACAACUUAAAUCAGCACCUAUUUCUUCUACAUCAAACGUUCAAUCAUCGACAAUGCAUGAACCGCGUCGACAAAAUUUAAGUCAUCUCUAUGAAAAAGCGCAACAAGAAGUUAAACAAGAACUUCAACAACAACAAAUUCAACGUGAACAAUAUAAACGACAACAAGCAAAAGAACAAUCACAACGUAUUCAAAAUCGUCAACAACAAAACAUAGACAAAUCUGAACGAAUAAUUGAUGCUAAACGACAAUAUCGUAGUCAAGUUAUUCAUGAAAAUCAUCAAAGAACACAAACAGUCGACAAUCAAGCUAAUGAACGAUUACGUUUUAAACAAAAUCAAUAUGCUCAGCGAAGUUCUGAUCGUAUACAAACACGUCGUUUAAAUGAACAGAAAACUGCUGAAAUACAAGUAUGUGUUUUUAAAGCACUCAACCUUCAGAAAACAUUUUUUUUUGCUAAAAUCUUUUGA